GCAAUAUAAGAUAGAAUGUUGUCAUUUAAGAAGCUUCUCAAAGACUGUCAGUCCAAGUCACCAUGGCGUUAUGGCAAUAAUUAAUCAGAGGUCAAAACCUAACGACCCAAUUAUCAAUCCAGAAUUUGAUACGAUUACCAUCACCCACAGACCACACAAUACAUUAGCGCAAGAGAGGCCAAAUAUUUGCAAGCGAUCUUCAAAGAAAAUAGCAGCAAUUCCUCAUAAUAUCUACCAGAAAAUCAUCAACUAUCUUAUAUUUAGCUCGAAGGAAGAGAACCCAUAAGCCUUGUUUAUUAGAGAGGAAAUUGAUCCCCAACUUAAGAAGAAAAGGAUCAUUUUGAUCUAUACGACUUCUGAGACCUAAACCUCCAUUAAAAAGUGGUUGGCAACAGUCAACCCAUUUAACUAAAGAUGGUUUCUGACUUACAGUAGAUCUCCCCCAAAUGAACCUCCAAGCAAUAUUUUCAAUCUCUUUACAAACAGAAAUAGGGAUCUUAACAGACUGCAUGAAAUACUUACAGCAUGUUUGGUUCGACGGAAUGGCCAUUCCAUUCCGCCCCUAUUCCACGCGCUACAGUGACCCGUUUGUUUGGUUGAAAUUUGACCACUGAAUAGUUAUUCCGUGCGGGCUCUAUUACGCGUAAACGCUGCAUAACCAUUCAGAGGGUCGGGCGCUGAAUGCCUAUUCAAUGGCUCUCGUAGUAGUUUUUUUUUUAUUUCGGACGAAAAUCUCCUCCCACUUCCACUUAUCAUUUAGACGAAAAUCUUCUUGGGUUUUCAUAAAAUGCAUAGAAUACUCUCUGUUUUUGGAUUUUGGGUGUGGCGGAUUUACGUGUGCUAGAAAAUAUGGAGAAAUCGAUGUUAAAGGCGGAGCUUUCCAAAGAAAUGCGCACGUCUCCCACCGUGGAGCCCAGCGAUUGUGGGAACGACAAGGCUCCGAUCAAUUAUCAACGAUUGUUACAAUCUUGGAGAAGACAGCCCUGUGUUUGAAAACUUGUUUGAAUUUUGUCAAAUUUAUGCUGGUGGGACAAUAGAUGCUGCAAGAAGAUUAAACAAUCAGUUAUGUGAUAUUGCUAUAAAUUGGGCUAGUGGUUUACAUCAUGCCAAGAAGUGUGAGGCAUCUAGCUUUUGUUACAUCAAUGACUUGGUUUUGGGAAUCUUGAAGCUUCUGAAGUAUCAUGCAUGUGUAUUAUUUAUUGAUAUAGAUGUACAUCAUGCCCGUGUAUUCUAGUUAUAGACGAACUUAGAUUCAUGCUUACAUUGCUAAUGAAAAUUGAUUUUAGAGUUUUAGUAACCCACAUCUACUUUUUUCGACAAUCUAAUGAACUGGCUAAAAGUGUAUCCAAAAUCAUCGAUUCUCAAUUUGCAGACCAGGUGGAUAUGUCUGAAGUGCAGGAAACUAAAUUUGAUGCCGAAAUGGCUGCAAUGACCUGUGUUCCAUGGGGUACCCUUGAAAGCGUUGGGGACCAAUCAGGAUAUGUCAAUGGCAUAAAUAUGAUCCUUAGUAGUAGCAUUCCUGUACUUGGGAGCAUUCUUUCACCUAUUUACUUCCAGUUCUUCUUGGACAAGGUGAGGUCAAAACUUUCGACAUUUGGAUUUGGUGGGCCAACUGAAGUUACCUACGGUGGUAAUGCCUUGAAGUUUUAUGCUUCAGUGCGUCUAAAUAUAAGGAGAACAUGGCUUGUCGAGAAAGGAGAAGAGACUAUUGGAAGUCAAGUUCUUGUGAAGAUUGUGAAGAACAAGCUUGCCCCUUCAUUUAAGAAUGUUGAAUUUGAGCUUGAGUUUGGCAAGGGAAUAUCCCGGGAAAGGGAGAUCAUAGAUUUGGCAACGAAACACAAACUUGUUACAAAGUCUGGCGCAUUCUACAGUUUCAACGACAGGAAACUCCAUGGCAAGGAAGCCUUCAGAAGGUUUUUAGCUGAAAAUAGAAGUGCUCUUGAAGAACUUGUGAUUGAACUUAGAGAAAAGCUACUUGAUGCUGAGAGCAAGAAGGAACGACAAAUAGAUAUCUCGGAUGAUUGUGGGGGUAAUUGUGGCGUUGAAAAGUUUUGUGUAUUCAAUGGAUGAGAUAAUACAGGAUCUUGUUUCAAAUUUUCAAGGGCAUCCGGCUGUUUUUCUCUCACAUUGUCUUAUUUCCAGCCAUAUUUACCAUAUUAACAAGGGAGCAAUUUAUAUUUGAAAAAUUGCAUUGUAUAACUUAGAUUCUUAUUUAAAUUCUGAGAAAAUUUUCUGCUAUCUAGCGAAUCUGUUCUCUGCAA